AUGAGGACACAACCGGCUGGCAGGGUGGUGCGCCAAAAGAAGCUCAACAGAUCCACCCAUCAACAAAUUCUACGAGAAGACCAAAUAGAAUCUGCCGAAUAUGAUUCAUUACAAGGUCAAUAUAAAGUCGAGACUGGUGUCGAAAAAGCUGAAGAAAAUGAAUACCAUUUGCAAGCUGCUCUGGCAGGCCACACCUCGGGUGAUAAGGAUGCACCACAAGAGAUCCCGGCUCCUCCUGCAGAAGAAGGUACCGACAUUGACUAUGAAUCAUUAUACUCCAGGAAAUUUGACAAACCUGCUACCUAUAUCCGCUUUUCACAGACCGUGGAAGAAUGUACUGGUUGCCAAUAUAACAUGACUACCGAAGAUGAAAUUUUUCUAAAAGAUUAUAACAAAAGGAAAACCCUUUCGAAUCAGCAGCUCUCGGAAGAUAACUUUGAAAAACUCAUGGAAAUUUUCGAAGAAACUGCUGAAAAUAAAACCCCAUGGGCCUCAAUAGACAAGACAUUGGUGAGUUUUGAGACCAUGAAAGAAGUCAUCAAGGAACGAGGAGAGGAGAAGAUAUUUGGCCAUCUGAAAGAAUUGUAUGAAUAUUGGAAGUCUCGACGGCAUGCCUGUGACAACCAUGGCAUUCAGCCCAGUCUGAAGUUUGAAACUCACCAAGAUCAAGACGAAGGCGAUCCAUAUGUUUGCUUCCGGCGCCGUGAAGUCAGAGCUACCAGGAAAACCAGAGCAAGAGAUAUGCAAAUCACAGAUAAAGUUAGGAGACUGAGAAAGGAAAUGGAAGAAGCAAGGGACCUGAUUAAAAUGGCGACUGAACGCGAAACUUAUAAGAAAAAACUCUUGCAAUGCGAACGUUCCGUAUUCGAAUCUCGUAGUGAAAUCAAGAGCCUCAAGAUCAAGCUGGGCAUCAAGAGUGAUCCUGAUGACGAACUUCUCAUCAAUCAGAAGGUAUGUAUAAUCUCGACCACUAGAAGAGAGUUCGAACAUCCUACUGACAAUUCGAAGCCACAGAAGAGGAAGGCCAUGGACUUUCAAAACGUGCAGCGCCAGCCAGCUCCACUUCGUAUUCCACCUCGCCCUGAUGGUCGCGGAAUUGAAAUGGAUAUGGUACAGUUAAGUCAUGUGCUGGCCCAAAAGGAGAAUAUGCUGCAAAAAGAGCUCGAGGAGAAAUCCGCACAGCAUAUCAAGUGGAAUGAGAACUUCAUCGACUGCACAAGGGAACCACUCCUACCAGUUGAAGGACAAAGCUCGAAUACGGGCUUUCGCCCAGCAACAGCUCAAUACAGUCAGUAUUUACUGACGCCACCAUCGUCUGUGACCUCCGACUCAUUUGAUCAAGCAUCUCCAGUGAGCCAAGAAAAACCGGACGCGGUAACCGUGCGGUAUAGUACACCUCCAGAAGAAGACGAUCGUCGUUCGCAACCAGCAUAUCGGAGACGAAUUGGCCGAGGUGGCCGGUUGUGGAUAGACCGGAGAGGAAUGUCUACAGCUGUCAGCAAAAGCAUGGAGAGGAAAUCUGAUCGUUGGAAAUAUGACGAGGAUGAGGAUGAGGAUGACGGACAGCCUGUAUACGAGGUUGACCCUUAUGAUACCAACCCUCUACGUUUUAGAUCCACAAUACCUCUUUCUGGUCAUUUGUAUCCGGAUGCACAUCGGCGAAGCAUGUUCCAACAUCAAUCGCAAUCGAACAGGACUGGUACUGGAGGUAGUCCUGGUAACAACCGAGCAAUCGGGCCUCCAAUCCAACAUAGUAAUUAG